GUGCCUGCAGCAAGAAUAUGACUCCAGUCUGCCUACUGCUAGUAUCAUCAUCUGUUUCCAUGACGAAGCCUGGUCUACUCUGCUGAGAACCGUGCACAACAUCAUGGACACAGCCCCAAAGGCCUCCCUCAAGGAUAUCAUCCUAGUCGAUGAUCUCAGCCAGCAAGGGUCCCUGAAGUCAGCUCUGAGUGAAUACAUCUCUAAACUGGACGGUGUGAAACUCAUCCGGAGCAACAAGAGGCUGGGAGUCAUCCGAGGUCGGAUGCUAGGAGCUGCACGGGCAACCGGGGAUGUUCUCAUUUUCAUGGAUUCACACUGCGAGUGUCAGAAGGGCUGGCUGGAACCCCUCCUAGCCAGGCUGUCCAGCAACCGAAACAGUGUCGUCUCCCCUGUCAUAGAUGUCAUAGACUGGAAGACUUUUCAGUACUAUCAUUCUGUGAGCCUGCAUCGAGGUGUUUUUGAUUGGAAACUAGAUUUUCAUUGGGAACCAGUGCCAGAGCAUGAAGAGAAGGUACGACAGUCUCCCAUCAGCCCUAUCAGGAGUCCCGUGGUAGCUGGUGCAGUGGUGGCCAUGGACCGACAUUACUUUCAAAACACUGGAGCUUAUGAUUCUGACAUGACCAUGUGGGGAGCAGAAAAUCUGGAGCUCUCUAUAAGGACCUGGCUCUGUGGUGGCUCUGUAGAAAUUAUUCCAUGCUCCCGAGUUGGGCAUGUCUAUCGAAAUCACUUUCCCCGUGCUUUCUCCUAUGAAGAGGCUAUUGUGAGGAACAAAAUCCGAAUAGCAGAGACCUGGCUGGGGUCUUUUAAAGAGCACUUCUACAAGCACGACACAGUGGCUUUCUUAAUCAGCAAGGCAGAGAAGCCAGACUGCAGUGAGCGCCUUCAGCUACAGAAGAGACUGGGCUGUAGAAAUUUCCAAUGGUUUAUAUCAAAUGUGUAUCCUGAACUCUCCCAAUCCGAAGACACACCAAGAUUCUCUGGCAAGCUUUACAAUACUGGUGUUGGCUUCUGUGCAGAUUACAGACCUGGAAGAGCCAUUGCAGAAGGCUCUAUUGAACUCUCCCCUUGCAGCGACAGCUUCACCCAGCACUUUGAAUAUAACAGCAUGAAGGAAAUCCGGCUUGGUUCUGCUCCGCUGUUUUGCUUUGAUGUUAGACACGGGAAGGUCAUCCCUCAAAACUGUACAAAGGAGACAGACAACAGCCACCAGCUCUGGGAUGUCCAGGAGAAUGGAAUGAUUGUCCAUGUCCUUUCUGGCAAAUGCAUAGAGGCAGUGAAGAGUGAAGAUGAGAAGGACUUGUUUUUGUGUGCAUGUAACAAGAAUGCAAAUCAGGUGUGGCACUUUGAACGUUCCCAUGGGCUACAUCUGAGAUGACUGACUUGUCUCUGUGGAGGUCAAAAUUUAACAUUACUUCUGUUUGGGAUUCAAGAUAUAUUUCCUGCAUGGACAAGAAAGAUGUUUGUGUUUGCUGUAUCAUGCAGGGAAGUUAGGAAGAUCUCUCCUGUGAAAGCCUGGCUCAAAUAGCUGCCACCAGUUCCUGGUUUAUUCAGCUCUAGCUAAAAUUUCUGUUUAUUCUGUGAAACAGAGAAU